CCCGCCUCCACCGCCAAAAGUACUCUGCAUAGCAGAGUACCCCAGAGGAAUGAACAGACCACCCGAAUCAGGUCAGCGCAUUGCCACAUCAUAGACAGGCAAAGUCCCCGGAUGGAUGCAAUCGUGCGUCAAAGCUCGUCCCGCGCUUGACGGUCGACAAGAAGUUUCUCCACUUCUCCUCGCCUCCUCAUCCGAAGCGGCCUCGGUCAUGACCCGCUUGUCUGGCCAUCUGUGCCGUCUCACGACGAGGGACGUAGAAGGUAUUUUCGGAAAUUCUCGCCUAGAACAGGUCAAAGAAGGAUUCGAUGGAGGGAAUGCGGACGGGGCAGUGGGAACAAGCGGAAAGAGAUCGAGGGGUCGACUCGACACUCGACAGUUGAUGGUGGAGAUGGGGUUCUGGACGGUGGAGUUAGACCGCCAGAGCUAGGUAUAGGCUAUCUACGUACUGUGAUCCACGCUUGGAAG